CGAGAGCAGCAGAUUAGAUAGACGUGUUGAUAGAUCCUCGAUUUUCUCUCUUCUCUCUUGUCCUCGGAAUCAACAAAGGUAAUGUGUCUUCUUCUCUUCAAUGCGAUCGGUUUCAGUUUUCUAUCGGAAGUCAAACUGUUUUGACUUCUUUCGGAAAUUCCGGUGAUUCAACGUGGUAGGAUCGUUGUUAGGAUGGUGUUAAGAGUUUUGAUUUUUGUUUGAAUAUCAACUAAUUUAUACAUGGAUUUCACUUACUUGGUGAUCUUAGAUUCUAAUUAAUCCUUUUUUCGGGAUCUUAGAUCUAUCUGAUUCUCAUCCCAAUUUGAUUUUCCACUUGUUUUGCUUCCGACUUAUGGAUUGCUAGAGUAACAGAUCUGCUUUGAAUUAUGGGUAAAUUAUGUUUCUCUAAUCCUGUUAUGUCCUUAAGUUAGUAGUUAGUCAGUCUCGUAAUUCAUAUGAUCGGCCGAAUUAGUGAUCAGUGACAGUGAGAUUAUGUGUAGGUUUAUGAGCAAAAUUUUAGACUUUUGUGUAAUAAAGCAUGGAAUCCAACAGAGGUCAAGGUUCGAUCCAACAGUUGCUUGCUGCUGAGGUAGAAGCUCAACACAUUGUCAAUGCUGCAAGGACCGCAAAAAUGGCAAGACUGAAGCAAGCUAAGGAAGAGGCAGAGAAAGAGAUUGCCGAAUACAAAGCUCAAACAGAGCAAGACUUCCAGAGGAAACUUGAGGAGACAAGCGGAGACUCUGGUGCGAAUGUGAAGAGGCUGGAGCAAGAGACUGAUACCAAAAUCGAGCAGUUGAAGAACGAAGCAUCGAGGAUUUCCAAAGAUGUUGUCGAAAUGCUUCUGAAACAUGUGACCACAGUGAAGAACUGAGAGAUAUUUUUAUAAGAAAGUAAAAAAAAAGUUUAUGAAAAAAGUGGGAGUCAUUUUUGAGUGAUCUGCUCUCUUUCUCUUUUGUGAGUAUUUCUGGAUUUGAGAGACUCAUCUUAUAUUAUUGUUGCUACUUAUUCUCUGCUUUUUUGUAAUUUAUCUCUGUACUCUUCUUUUUUUUUUUUUUUGAACAACCAUCUCUGCACUCUUCUUUGUAUUCAUAUAUUUGGAACGUUGUAAUAAUAAUUUGAGCGCAGAGGAACACAAUUGGAUUAUUUAUGUUUCUAAAUUGUUACAAAAAGAAAUAAAUCUCAACUGGAUUGGGCCU